GUCUCCGGCGUGGCAAGGCGGAGGCGAGUAAGGCAGCGGGGCUCGGCCCACACCCCUCGCCAGGAGGCACCAUGUGGCGAUGUCCACUGGGGCUGCUGCUGUUGCUGCUGCUGGCUGGCGAGUUGGCCCUGGGUGCCCGGCGGGGUCGUGGGCGCCGAGAGCUAGCACCGGCUCUGCACCUGCGGGGCAUCCGGGAUGCGGGUGGCCGGUACUGCCAGGAGCAGGAUCUGUGCUGCCGCGGCCGUGCCGAUGACUGCGCCCUGCCCUACCUGGGUGCUACCUGUUACUGUGACCUCUUCUGCAACCGCACCGUCUCCGACUGCUGCCCUGACUUCUGGGACUUCUGCCUCGGCGUGCCACCCCCCUAUCCCCCCAUCCAAGGAUGCAUGCACAGGGGUCGCAUCUAUCCAGUCUUGGGAACCUACUGGGACAACUGUAACCGUUGCACUUGCCAGGAGAAAGGGCAUUGGGAGUGUGACCAGGAGCCAUGCCUAGUGGACGAAGACAUGAUCAAGGCCAUCAACCAAGGCGACUAUGGGUGGCGGGCUGGGAACCACAGUGCCUUCUGGGGCAUGACCCUGGAUGAAGGCAUUCGCUACCGCCUGGGCACCAUCCGCCCAUCUUCCUCCGUCACCAAUAUGAAUGAGAUUUAUACAGUGCUGGGCCCAGGGGAGGUGCUGCCCAGAGCCUUCGAGGCCUCGGAGAAGUGGCCCAACCUGAUCCAUGACCCUCUUGACCAGGGCAACUGUGCAGGCUCCUGGGCCUUCUCCACAGCAGCCGUGGCAUCUGAUCGAGUCUCCAUCCAUUCUCUGGGACAUAUGACACCUGUCCUGUCGCCCCAGAACCUGCUGUCUUGUGACACACACAACCAGCAGGGUUGCCGCGGUGGGCGACUGGAUGGUGCCUGGUGGUUCCUGCGCCGUCGAGGGGUUGUGUCUGACCACUGCUACCCGCUCUCGGGCCAUGGGCGGGAUGAGGCUGGCCCCGCCCCCCGCUGCAUGAUGCACAGUCGGGCCAUGGGUCGGGGCAAGCGCCAGGCCACCGCCCGCUGCCCCAAUAGCUAUGUCCAUGCCAAUGACAUCUACCAGGUCACUCCUGCCUACCGCCUCGGCUCCAACGAGAAGGAGAUCAUGAAGGAGCUGAUGGAGAAUGGUCCUGUCCAAGCCCUCAUGGAGGUGCACGAGGACUUCUUCCUGUACCAGAGUGGCAUCUACAGCCACACACCAGUGAGCCUUGGGAGGCCAGAGCGAUACCGCCGGCAUGGGACCCAUUCGGUCAAGAUCACAGGGUGGGGCGAGGAGACGCUGCCCGACGGAAAGACGCUCAAGUACUGGGUGAGUCCCUGCGGCCGCGGUCACCUUCCCCCGGCCCUUCUGUCCUCCUGCCUCACUCCGAUUCCCCUCCUCACGGCCCCUCCUCGUUCCCAGACGGCGGCCAACUCGUGGGGCCCAGCCUGGGGCGAGAGGGGCCACUUCCGCAUCGUGCGCGGCGCCAACGAGUGCGACAUCGAGAGCUUCGUGCUGGGCGUCUGGGGCCGCGUGGGGAUGGAGGACAUGGGUCACCACUGAGGCCGCGGGCGCCACGCGGGAAGAGCCCCCUGUGGGGCGGCAGCCCGCGCCCCGCCCGCGCGACGGAGCUGCGGCGCCAGGGGUCUAAUCCCCGCGCAGGUUCCGCUGACGCAGCGCCCGGCCUGGGAGCCGCGGGCAGGCGAGGCUGGCGGAGCCCCCAGACCUCCCAGGGCGGGCCGGGCAGGGCCUGGCGGGGGAGAAGCAAGCCCCCCACGCAAGACCACCGAAGCCAGGGCACCCCCAGUCUCGGCCCCACUACCCCACCCCACCCUUGUACUCUUAUUCUUCAGAGAUAUUUAUUUUUCU